AUGAUCUCUACGGCCGAGGUGGAAGCUGUGAUGGAGGAUGGGGACGAGGACGUCGGGGAAGACGUCGAGGUGGACAUGAAUCAUGGCCAAGGCUAUGGCCAGGAGGAUUACGAGGAUGGCAACAGAAGAAAUUCGAGCCCUCUGGCUAGAUCUGAGGUGUCGGAUCUACGUGAGCAGCUCCGGGGCAAAGAAGAAGAGGUUGUGUCGCUGCGCCGUGCUUUGACAGAGAAGAAUGAAGCCUUUCAGAGCAAAGUGGAGGAGCUUGAGUCGGUCAAGAGAGAGCUCGAGUCGGCGAUACAGGCUAAGCUUGACCUGAGAAGCUAA